AUGCUUUCUAAAAGCUUGGAUGUUGUAGACUCUGAGGAAUGGACGGCUGAACUUGGGGACGCUUUUGGGCAGCAGAUUCCAUUGUACAAUGCUUAUGCUGAAGAGAGGAAUUUUGCAUUCAAAUGCCUCGGCAUCAUCAUGCGCAAAUCAACCAAGAAGGAUUUUGUGAUCAAGCAUAUUGACCUGAUUUUCAGCACUAUCAAGCACCUGGACCAGGUGGAGCGCGAGGGUUGUGCCAUAGCUGUCGGCUACACAGCUUCCUCCCACCUGGACACUGUCCUCACCAAGUUGGAGAGCGUGGCUAAGAAUGACAUGGGCAAAAAGUCGUCUGGCAUCCUCAGUAUUUUAAAGGACAAAACAGAAGUCAAUGUUGAACAAGUGAAGGCCACGUUGAUGUUAUGUUAUGGUUUUGUUGUACUUUAUUCACCACCAUCACUCAUCAUAUCUCGGAUGGAAGCCACCAUUCUGCGCACCAUCACACCUUAUUUUCCAACCGUCAAGGACACAAGUGUUAAACAGAACCUGAUAAGGUGUGCUGAUUUGAUUGCACAAGCGCUGCACCCAGACCACCUGGAGCAGGAGUACAAGUUCAGCACUAGAGGAGAGUUCCUCGUUCACAUGCAGAACUACAUAAAGGCAGAACCCACGACCCAUCUGGCAACUGAGACCAGGCUCCUGGCCAUGAACACCUGUACCAACCUUAUUAAACUUCAGCCUCAGCUGACACCAGCAGAGGUCUUUGACCUUGUUCAAGUCUGCACCGAUUCCUUAUUCCCUUUGUCUGUGACUGGACUGCCGCCAAGGAAGGCCAAGGAAGAAAAUCCGGCAGAGCUUCUAGAAGUCCAGGUCAUGAUGGAAGCCACAUUCAAUGCUUUUUAUGAGGUGCUGAAGGAGAUAUUGAAGAAAGACCGCACCCCAGGGGGAUUGGAGAGUAUAUUCAAGCAUCUUGGCCAGUGGAUUCUGUCAGAGGUGGAACAUGAGAGGGAGAGAGCAUUGCAGACUUGGCUGGUUGUCCAGCAGUUUUACUUAGAGAUUGCAGAGGUCAAGGACCCACAGAAUUUGGAGAAUAUGGGUCUUUUUUUAGCCCGGCUAAUCCCCCGAUGUUCAGAUCCAGUCACCAGAAUCAGGCAGCUGGCUGUAGAUUGUGUGCACACAACUUUGAGGAUUGCUCUUCGGCUGGAGGGCAACCCACUUGACCACAAAGAUCAGAUGGUAGAUGCCCUGCCAACUCUGAAAGAUCGACUCAAGAAGGAUGAUCCAAAUGUCCUCUUCAGUGUGGUCAAUGAUCUCUCAAAGAAAACCCUACAACAGGGACUUCUGGAUCCUCAGUCUCACAGUUCAUCGGGUGCGUGCGUGGUGCUCAACGGCAUUAUGAAACUGAGAGGUGGAGAUAUUAGAGCUAAGGUUGAAGUUUUCCUGGCCUCCCUGUAUGAAAAACUGAGUCAAAUUCACUGCCCACAGACAAAAGUUGGAACUCUGCGUACGAUACGUACCAUGGCUGGGCACCACCUCAUACCAACACUGACUUCUUUGUUGACCUAUUCCUUACCAUAUGAUGAGAAUGUGGUGGAAAUUUGGAGAAUCCUGGCACAAGAUCCUAAUCUGUCAGCCUUGAUACUGGAACAUUUUCUGGAACUUUUGAUGAAGUCAUUGCCCUAUGAGGAGAAGCCAGAGAAGGAGAAGCCACUAAAAACUGCUACAAUUGUACCUCUAGCUGUAACAUAUGCUCUGACAGAGUUUUUCCAAGUUGAGGAAACACAAGAAAAUGUAUUGAAGCUUUUCCCUCGUCUGUUUGCUGCUCUACUUGUGAGAGUGGGUUCCUCUGUUGGUGUCAAGCCACCAAAAUCCCAGAAACCCCAGCCGGAAGAACUGAAGGUUGACAAGAAGAAGAAAGGCAGUACUUCAAAAGAAACUCAGAAGAUAAUUCCCAUUGAGGUGGCAAUCAAAGCUUUACGGACAUUUCUAGAGCAUACCCAGAUGACUGACAUGCUUGAACAUUUAGAGAAAGAGGGAGCUUGGGAAAAGAUGAAGGAUGAGACAGAUUAUCCAGAGGCAAUCACUCAGUUAGCCAGGAGCCUGGUCAUUGAAGAAAAGGAGAUUAAUGUUAGUGAUAUUGUCAACUCGUUGACGUCUGCUCUGUCUAGUCUGUACGAGUCACAGAGAGUUACGGUUGCUGCUUUCUUUGCUGAGUUAAUCAAUCAACAAUGUAAGGGAGACAAGUCUCUGGUUCAGCUGGUAAUGAACAGCCUGCUGGGAAGACUGGUGGAUGAGUCCCACAUUGUUCGCAUGCUAUGUAUCAGAGGCCUAGGCAACAUCUCCAGUGUUGGCAAGGAACAGGUUCAAACAUAUGCCACUACCAUUCUUUCUGCCAUGAUGGCUGGCAUGGAUGACAAAGAGGACCCAGAAGAUAACAUCACAAUUGAAGCCAUGAGCGGCCUGUCUCGCAUCCUGAGUGAAAUACAAGAGGAGCAUAUCAGAGCCAUCCUCAUCAACGUCUCGCUGAAGAUACGGCCUUGCUUUGAAAAG